GCUCCUCUCCACUUUACUCCUUUCCCUCCAAUGGUUUCUUGUUGACUUCCGCCUCACCUUUCCCCUUUUCCCUCUCUAUCCGGCCACUCAAUUCUCUUCCCAAUCUCUCUGAAUCCGAAGAAAAUCGAAGGAGGAAAGCAACAAAUGGCGGUUGACCUAAUGAGUUUCAGGAAGGUCGACGAUCAGAUUGCGAUCCAGGAAGCAGCCGCUCAAGGCCUGCAGAGCAUGGAGCACCUCAUCCGCGUCAUGUCCCGUCACCAACAGCAGUCCAACAACAGCCACACCACCGCCGCCGAUUGUACGGAUCUCACGGAAGUCACCGUCUCCAGGUUCAAGAAGGUCAUCUCCCUCCUCAACCGCACCGGCCACGCCCGCUUCCGCCGCGCUCCCCUCCACCCUAAUUCCUCCUCUUCCUCCUCCUCCUCCGCCGCUGCCGCCGGAUCGCCGCCGCUUUCGUCGCCUUCUUUCCCGACACCUCCAGCUCAAUCGAUCGCUGCGCAUCGCGUUGCGGCCGUGCAGCCGAGGCCGGCGGUCAUCCAAUUGACGCCUACUCCUCCUCCGCCUCCUCCACCGGUGGUGUCUUCGAGCUUCGUGCAGUCGCAAUCGCAGAGUUUGACUCUUGACUUCACGAAACCUAACAUUUUCGGCUCGAAUUCCAAGAGCGUGGAGCUGGAGUUCGCCAAGGACAGCUUCAGCUGCUCGUCUAAUUCGUCCUUCAUGUCCUCCGCGAUUACCGGCGACGGAAGCGUCUCGAACGGGAAGCUAGGGUCGUCGAUCUUCCUGUCCCCGCCGACGGCUUCCGCCGGGAAGCCGCCUCUCUCGUCGGCGCCUUACAGCAAGAAGCGGUGCCGCGAGCACGAUCACUCCGAAGAUCUGUCCGGGAGAUUCUCCGGCUCCACCACCACCAGCGGCGGCAAGUGCCAUUGCUCCAAGAGACGAAAAAAUCGGGUGAAGAAAACAAUUCGGGUCCCGGCGAUUAGCUCGAAGAUCGCUGAUAUCCCGCCGGACGAGCAUUCUUGGAGAAAGUACGGCCAGAAGCCGAUCAAGGGCUCACCUUACCCAAGGGGUUAUUACAAAUGCAGCACGAUGAGGGGGUGUCCGGCGAGGAAGCACGUAGAGAGGGCGACCGACGAUCCGUCGAUGCUGAUCGUAACCUACGAAGGCGAGCACCGGCACGUGCAGCCCGCCGCGGUGGUGGCUGGUUCCGGCGGAGUAGGACUGGUGUUUGAGUCGACGUAAUAGGGCACUGCAGAGCUGAGAUUUUAAUGUUAGGUUAGGAAAAGUUAGUUCGGAAAGGAAAGCAAAAUGGCAAGGGGAAAAGAUGAAGGGCUCGUCGGAGUUGUUGUUUUGUGUAUUAUUUUGAAGGAGGUGGGAGGGUGGUUGACUGGUUUGUUGAGUUGGAUGUACAUUUUUUUUCUUCUUCUUCCUCCUUUUGUUUCUUGUGGUGGUGAGAGAGAUGAAUCUGGCAAAAGAGAUAUGUCCAGAAAUGUGAAUUGAUUGGAAACCAGAAACCGUCCGGAUUUUAAUUUUAGGAGGUGCGUGCUCUUAUGUCGGGAUGGGUGUUGGUUGUGCGUCAUUUUCCCAAUCUCCUCGGCUUGGUUAGGUGAAAGAUUUUAAUUUGACAAAUGAUUCGC